CUGUCUCUUUAACCAGCAGCACUGUCACUCUGGUCCCUCCCAUUCUAGCAGCCCUCCAGUGCUGCUGGCCUGAGCUGGGAGCGCACACAGCAGCACCAUCACGGCCGAAGAAACGAGAGAAAUCUGGAAAAGAACAUUUUAAAAAAACAAGAACACAUACGCGCCGAGGAAGAACAUGGGAUAAUGAAACAAAUAAUUUACUCCUACCGCUUGAUCACCUCUGAGAAACUCAGAUGUUUUUGACGCUUGUGUUUUGCGCUUUUUACCCAUUCUCCUUGAGCGCUGCUGGUACAAAGGCGCUUGGUCCGGAGCAGCAGCACCUGGGAUUACUGCCAUAUGAAUGGGCGAGAGUGAAAGGACCAGCUUUUACUAUCAAACCUGGAAAGGCAGACUCAGACAGUGAGUAAACCCAGCGAGAUUAAAACACUUUCUUCAUUUUUUUUUCACCCUGAGAUCCAUAUUACUAGUGUCAACCCCGCGCAGACAGCUGCUGUCAUUGUGUCGAGGCUGAGAUUUUAAAAAAAAUCUUCUUCUGAAAGUGGCCUUUUUCUGGAAUAAUGCAUGAGAAAGACGAGCGCUGUUACAGUUUUUUAUUCCCUUUUUUGUCUGAAGCAUUCCCUGCUAUUCCUCUGACUGAACAGCCGGUUUCUCUUGUUCAGAAUGGGAUGUAUUGUUGCGACUGCGCAACCCACGACAAGUGUCAGCAAUUAGACUGUGUGAUUCUGAACGGGUUACCUCAAGGCCUGUUAUAAACACUGUCACUGCUCUGCAGCUGGAGGAGGUGGACUUUGUUGUCGGUAAGAACUCUGUGGCAAACUGGACUGAUAAGGGAAGAACGGUGCACCCUUGGCAUCAUUCCCUCCCCUGUGUGAGUAAACCAGGGCCGGUCACAGAAAUAAAUUAGGCACAAUAUGGUGGAGCCGGUGGGAUUCAUCGAGGCGUGGAAGGCGCAGUUCCCAGAGUCAGAGCCCCCCAAGAUGGAACUGCGGUCGGUGGGGGGAAUCGAGCAGGAGCUGGAGAAGUGCAAGGCGUCCAUCAGGCGCCUGGAGCAGGAAGUGAACAAGGAGCGCUUCCGCAUGAUCUACCUGCAGACCCUCCUAGCCAAAGAGAGGAAGAGCUAUGACAAGCAGCGGUGGGGCUUCAGAAAGACGCCACUGAAUGAGGGGAUGGACCCUGCGGGCAUGCAGGGUGCGGAAUCCCAGUCCCAGCAGCCACACAUGCAGGAGACUGGAGGGGUUGGAAUAGGAGUAGGUGGUGGUGGGUACAGUGGUGGUAGUGGGGGUGUUGUGGAUAGGACCCGUUUUCAGCCUCUUGGAGAUGGAACUGGCAGGACCAAACCCAGACCUCCCCCAGCCAGGAAGUCGGCCUCCCACGGUGACGGCUUAGAGUCAGCCUUCGACAUACCCCAGCAAGUUGAGUCGACGUCCUGCGACAACCUGGAUGGCCUCUCACCGUCCAAGCAGAGAGGCGGCAUCUCUGUCUCUCCCCGCAGGCCCACCCUUCCACCGCCUGACAAGGAACUGCCCUCUGACCCCAAGGACAAGCUUGGGAUGGGACUUGGUGUGGCAGCUCUUAGAUCCAACUUUGAGAGGAUCAAACGGGCCAACUCUCACUCUGCGGGCGAUGUAGCUAAGGGCCAGGAGAAGCAGCUGCCACCGCCGCCACCACCGUUUUACACCAACAUGGAAUUCCACCAUGAGAGGGGUCUGGUCAGGGUCAACGACCGUGACGUCUCGGACAAGAUCAGCUCCCUGGGCAGCCAGGCCAUGCAGAUGGAGCGAAAGAGAUCUCUUCACUCCCUCCCAGGUAACCUGGCAACAGUAGCUGGGGAGCUCCGUGCCAGGCCAGUGUAUAGAGGGCGGUCCACUGAGAGCACCUGUGGCUAUGAUGCAGAAUACGAAGAUGGCGAGCCCAACCAGAGACAUUCAGGGAGGGCCAACGGGGGCAAACCUCCACCCCCGCCUUGGCAGCCUUCUGACUUCCAGGCUUAUUCCAGCGUCUAUGUCGGUGGUGUGAUGAUGGGCGAAGGUGGCGGUGGAGAUGGUAGAGGUGGCGGGGGUAGUGGAGUCACAAUGAGGGACCAUGGGGGAGGCGACGACCAUCUCUUGACCUGGCCGCGCCGCUCGUACUCCCCAGGUAGUUUUGAGGAUGUCGGCGGAGGUGGCGGCUACACGCCAGACUGCAGCUCUAACGAGAACCUGACGUCCAGUGAGGAGGACUUCUCUUCAGGCCAGUCCAGCCAUGUCUCACCCAGCCCCACCACAGCCUUCCGCCGGCCCUUCAGGGAGAAGAGCCGCUCUCCGUCCCAGAACUCCCAGAAUUCCCAGCAUUCCCUGGACAGCAGCAGCCCCCCAACACCGCAGUCCCAGAAGCGUCACCACCGGCAGCAGGGAGGCCACGUGGUCAUGUCUGAGGCCACUAUCGUGAGCGUUCGCAAGACUGGGCAAAUCUGGCCACCUGCUGCCCAUCAUGACCUCUUGCCUCAUGGCAGAACAUCCCAUGACAACAGUUUCCAUGGAGACCACCUAGAUGGUCAUUUCACGGGGACCCCUCCUACAUAUGGUUACGAUGCAGACCGUGCAGAAGAGCAGCGGAGGCACCACGACAUCCUGCCCUACAUCGAUGACUCGCCGUCGUCUUCGCCGCACCUCAGCUCCAAGAGCCGCAGUAGCCGGGACACCCUCUCCUCAGGAUCGCUGGAGUCUUCCAAGUCGACUGAAUGUGACCUGGAAAAAGGUUUGGAGAUGAGGAAGUGGGUCCUGUCUGGGAUCUUGGCCACUGAGGAAACAUACCUCAGUCAUCUGGAGGCACUGCUGCUGCCCAUGAAGCCUCUAAAGGCUGCAGCUACAACGUCGCAGCCCGUCCUCACCGUGGCCCAGAUAGAGACCAUCUUCUUCAAAGUGCCUGAGCUCUAUGAGAUCCACAAGGAGUUCUACGAUGGACUUUUGCCUCGCGUUCAGCAGUGGAGCCACCACCAGAGAGUCGGGGAUCUCUUCCAGAAACUGGCCAGCCAGCUAGGAGUUUACCGUGCGUUUGUGGACAACUACGAGCUGGCUGUGGAGACAGCCGAGAAGUGCUGCCAGGCUAACACGCAGUUUGCUGAAAUAUCUGAGAACCUGAAGGUGAGGAGCCCCAAGGACUGUAAGGACCAGACAGCUAAGAACUCUCUAGAGGCUUUACUGUAUAAACCAGUGGACAGAGUGACACGCAGUACAUUGGUACUUCAUGACUUGCUUAAACACACGCCCACCAGCCACCCAGACCACCCUCUUUUGCAGGACGCCUUGCGGAUCUCCCAGAACUUCUUGUCCAGCAUAAACGAGGAGACGACGCCCCGACGCCAGUCUAUGACUGUCAAGAAGGGAGAGAACCGGCAGCUGCUGAAGGACAGUUUCAUGGUGGAGUUGGUGGAGGGAGCCAGGAAGCUGCGACAUGUCUUCCUCUUCACUGAUCUGCUGCUCUGCGCCAAACUGAAAAAACAGAUCGGAGGAAAAAACCAACAGUACGACAGUAAGUGGUACAUCCCCCUGACUGAGUUGACCUUCCAGGGCCCAGAGGAGACCGAACCACUUACCAUCCCCCAGGUUCCCGAUGAAGAGCUCGACGCCAUGAAGGUCAAGAUCUCACACCUCCGCAGUGAGAUUCAGAGAGAGAAGAGAGCCAACAAGGGUUCAAAAGUCAUCGACCGUCUCAGGAAGAAGCUGUCCGAACAGGAGUCCCUUCUCCUGUUAACGUCUCCGAGUAUGCCCCUCCGAGUCUACAACAAGAACGGCAAGAGUUACAGUUUCCUGAUUUCAUCUGACUAUGAACGUGCAGAGUGGAAGGAGAUAAUCAAAGAACAGCAGAAGAAAUGUUUUAAAACAUCCUCCUUGACUUCCAUGGAAUUGCAAAUGUUGACCAACUCCUGUGUCAAACUACAGACUGUCCACCACAUUCCACUCAGCAUCAAUAAAGAAGAGGAUGAAUCCUCUGGUCUCUGCGGGUUCCUGAAUGUAAUCGUCCACUCCGCCUCCGGCCUCAAACAGAGCUUGAAUCUCUACUGCACAUUGGAGGUGGAUUCCUUUGGCUUCUUCUCAAAUAAAGCCAAGACGAGAGUGUAUAGAUACACCACUGAACCCAAGUGGAAUGAGGAGUUUGAGAUUGAGCUGGAGGGCUCUCAGACCCUGAGGCUGCUCUGCUACGAGAAGUGUUACAACAAGACCAAGCAGAACAAAGAGGAUGGAGAGAGCACAGACCGCAUCAUGGGGAAAGGACAGAUCCCGCUUGACCCUCAGACUCUCCAAGGCAAAGACUGGCAGAGAACUGUUAUUCCUAUGAACGGGAUCGAGGUUAAACUCUCCAUGAAGUUCACCAGCCGAGAGUUCAGCCUGAAGAGGAUGCCCUCACGGAAACCUAUGGGUGUGUUUGGAGUCAAAAUCUCCACAGUGACCAAGCGAGAGCGCUCCAAGGUGCCCUACAUCGUCCGGCAGUGCCUAGAGGAGAUUGAAAGGAGGGGUAUGGAGGAGGUGGGCAUCUACCGAGUAUCAGGAGUAGCCACUGAUAUUCAAGCCCUGAAGACCGCCUUUGAUACAAAUAACAAAGAUGUGUCAGUGAUGAUGAGUGAGAUGGACGUCAAUGCCAUCGCUGGGACCUUGAAGCUGUACUUCAGAGAGCUGCCAGAACCUCUUUUCACUGAUGAGCUUUAUCCUAAUUUUGCAGGCGGCAUCACCCUGUCUGAUAGUGUUGCCAAAGAGAGCUGCAUGUUGAACUUACUGCUGUCGCUGCCAGAACCCAACCUGGUCACAUUCCUUUUCCUUUUGGAUCACCUGAAGAGGGUGGCAGAGAAGGAAAGCGUCAACAAGAUGUCUCUCCACAACCUGGCAACGGUGUUCGGGCCGACCCUGCUGAGGCCCGCUGAGAAGGACAGCAAAAUCCCUGCCAACCCCACGCAACCCAUCAGCAUGGGGGACAGCUGGUCCCUGGAAGUUAUGGCACAGGUCCAAGUGCUGCUGUAUUUCCUCCAGCUAGAGACCAUCCCCACCCCAGACAGUAAACGACAGAGCAUUCUCUUCUCCACUGAAGUAUAGAGCUAACAUGGACUUUGCCUACCUGACCCUUUGACCACGAAGGAGUGAAAAAGAGAUGGACCUUGGCUCAAAGUGAGCCUGUAGUAGUAUGUUUUUGAAUUGACUGACCGGAUUCCGUUGCAGCUGGUAAGGAUUGUCUCUGGCGACGUCUGCUCCGCUUGAACACAAGAGGGCACAAUAGGGCCUCUGAGGCUUAGAGGACGUGAGGUCCUCUGCAUUCAUACCGCUCAUGUUUAGUAUGUUUCCUUGUACCUCCAGUGAUGUUGUGGGUACAUCUGCCAUCUACAUCUAUCCACCUUAACACUGAGCCUUUACAGCUUGUUGACAGUUGUGUUUCAAAAGUCAAGAAGUUGAAGUGAAUGAAACAUGUCUGUCUUGAUUCAUGGAAUUAGCUUGCCAACAAAUCAGAAUUUCAGUGUGUCCUUCUGUUUGGGCAUUGUUCUGUACUCCAUCUGUUUUUUUUGUCUUUUUUUUUUUUUUUUUUUUUUUUUGGGACAAUCAUCACAUCAAGACUCUUGCAAAAUGUGUGUAUCCAUCUCAAACAUUGCUUCAUGUCCUGUUGAGGAAAAUUCUAAUUGUGUCUUACAUAAUCUCAGUGCAUUGUUUCUGAGAAGUGACCGUCCAGAGCUGCCACGUUACUGGCUUUAAUGUGCUUUUUCUUUGUGUCACAAAAGCCACAGAAAGCAAACACCCAUAUGUUCAAAUGUUUACAACGUAAACAAAACCUUGGUUUGAGUCAGAGACAAAUGCUACACCUUGAAGAAGGACUGUAAGAAAGGGAAAAAAAAGGAACCCAAUGAUUGGAAACAUACUGCAAUCUGACUGCCUGAGGUUUAUCCAAUUUCCUCUAUUUGUGUUGUUUGUGUCUCCAGGUAGUCUUCAGCAUAAAUACCCAGGAAGCAAUAUAUUUUCUAACAUAGGAAUUGUCUGUGUUCAUAUCUUUGCUGACGAAAUGUCCCUCUUACUGUAACAUAGGACAUCUUGCCAAAUUAAUAUGUUGUUUGUUUGUUUCUAGGAAAAAAGGAAGCAGUUGUAUUUACAGAUACAGUAUGUACAUAAUCUUAAAGUUGUAUUUUUUUUUCUUUUUGUUUAACAGUAUAAUCAUUGUUGCUAUUACUGUAAUUUAUUUUCGGGCCUGGGGGAUAAAUUGGUUUGUUUUUUAUGUGAACUUUUUUGGGGGUUUGGUUAAGAAAGUGGUAGGUCUUUAGCCUUGACUUCAAGUCUUGCAGUAAAUAAGCAGGAUUUAGCCUUGAUCUUAUAGAAACUACUCAGCUGUUCUGUCCAGCCUAUCAAUUACUCAUUUAGAUAUUAUUAUGAAGGUAACACACACAUUGUAGUUACAUACUGUAUGCUGCUGCGGGAAAAGGCACAAGCUCUUUAACUGCUGGGUGCUCCUCAGCAGAACGUCUCGCAUCCAGAGACCAUCGCCUGUCUAGUGUAGACAUUAUGCAAUGCCAUAAUACAGCACAUACACUCACGCACACACACACACAUAUGGCAUUGUCUCUUUUAAUCUGUGGCUGCAGAAGUGCACUCAUGCAAUGUUAGAACUACUGUAUUACAAUUCAAGUGACCUGAGCACUCAGCAUUUAUGUCCAUUGAAGAGCAUAUCUGUUGGUUUAAUGAAGGAAUCUUAUUUUGUUUCAUCUUUUUUGUUAUUACUUCUCUCAUGCACUCAAAUGUCCUAAUUAUUCUUUGCCCCUUUCACUGUCCUCCAUCCUGUCGAACCUGCGGGUGUCUCAACCCAAUGGCCAAGUUAAAGAAAACGACUUAAAUGACUAAUCUAUGUGUCCUUGAUUUAACAUGCAGGCAUGUUUUAUUUUUGUUUUUUUCUUUAUGUUCUCAUUAUUGCUGUUCUGUUCAUGAACCUGUCAUCACAAGUUGAAUUGGCUUUGGGAUGCUGGUAACUCUUGAGGAUCUGGUUUACUUUAGUACAGUAUGUUGUUAUCUGGCCCAUUUAAGGAUAAAUGUCAUGGUUGGUUCCCCACAUAUAUCAUAGGCAUAAAACUAAAACCAUCCGUUUAGUGGAUCUGAAAAGGGCUUGUAAGAUAUCACAGAAAGGCAUAUCUGAGUGUGGAUAAUAACUCAUUUUUAACAUGAAUGUCUUUAGACUUUUAGUGGCGAGAGGAGUCUUUCUUUUAGGGUACAUAUCGACUCUAAAUGUUGAGAAAACGGAACUAAAAGGAAAUCAAAAUGUGAUGCUCAGUAGAGGUUUACGUUGCCUGAUGUCAGCUUGGUCUAUAGAUUUUAGAUAAAGUACUGUUAUUGUAUCAGCCCCAUGAACAAUACUGUCGAGCUUUUAUUCUGAAAGUGUCCAUACCUCCAGUCCCAGCACAGUCGUGCCAUUAUGUACUUCCACUAAUUUUGGCCUAUGUAGCAUGCUCACAGUCUUUCGUCAUGUGCAUUUUAGGAUGUGAGACAGAGAAUGAACCCACCUUUCAUUAAUCCCUUCAUUCAUGCCAUCACCUUUAUAUAACAAGUCCUGAUCGCCUACACUGCUCCACCCUAUCGUGCCUCGACACUUUUCCUUUGGUUUUAGCGCCUGUGGUACUCUAAACGUGUCAGUGGGUAAAAAACACUGACACUGGAGACGCUGUUCAGUCUCUUGUUGCCUUUGCUGAGGACAGCCACACACUUUCAUCUCUUAAAGACUAAGACAGGACCUUAAACUUAAGCAUGGUCUUAGCUGAUAUUAUUGUACACGCCUGCCACCUUCAUCUGACUGUGAUGCUGUCAUUCAAACUGUGUUAAAGUCAGUCUUAAUGGGGCAAAGGACAGAAUUUUUUGCCCAUAUCUUUGUCUUAGCUCUUAAAAUUUUCAGCUCCUUUAAUGCCUUUUAUUUUUUAUUUAUUUAUGCUUUCACCCAGUUUGGUAUAAGAAGGUCUACUGGAUCUAUUUAUUUAUGAUAAAAUGUCAUCAAAAACUAAAUUAAUGUUAGAAAAUGGUCUUUAUAUGGGGUAUGUUUUUUGGGAAAAUGUUAAGUCUUAUGUUACAGAAUGUGUCUCAAAAUCUCAACCAUUGUGUACAACUGCAAACAUCUUUUAACCCCCCUCAACUCCUGCGUCGUUGCCUCAUCUCUGUAGUUAUUUGUGUUGUACAACAGACUGGCCACUGUGAUUGUUUAGCUAUCUGAUAUAGAUAACUGAAUAGCAGGUGCAGGUUCUUGUCAGUUUAAAAGGUAGAUUAAAACAUCUCCUACUUUUCCAUAGAGUUGUAUAAUAUGUAUUAUACUAGAGAGUACAUAAUUUGGUUUCUGUUUUAUUUAUUGUGGCGUCCACUGACGUUAUGAUGGUUGAAGACUGAUCAAGCCGGUACACCUCUAGUCUCUUUGAAAAGCCAAACUGUCAGUAUGUGGUAGAGGAGAAAAGAGUCUUAUAUUACUCUAAAAACUGCAUUGUUUUGGUCUGUUGAUUGUCAGUGUAACUGCAUGUACCCUCCAUAAUACAGCUCCCUCCAUAACCUCUGCCCCUUAGUUCUGUACAUGAAAAAGUAAAUACAGCAAAAACUUUAAAUUUUUCUGUGCAGUAGCCUGAAAAUAUGGAACAUAUUGCUCUAUAUGAAAGUUAAAAAUCUCUUGCGUUUAUUGUACAUGACUCCGGUAAUUAUCACUGCAUUUCCAUGCUAUAGUGAAUACUUUGACCAUUUGCUGCCACUACUCUUGACGUUAACCUCUGGGGGAAAAUGCUAGUUUUGUUCUAUUCGACAUAUAACGUAUAGCUGAGGAUGAGACUUUCCGACCAACCACGAACAUUUUCUCUUUUUACCUUCCUCAAUUUUUUGACUCUUGUUCCUGUUCAAUAUUCAAUGUUCUGCUUGUAGAACUGUAAAAAAAGAAUACUGUAUUCUGAGGGCAAACAUGUUUGGAAGGCAUUUGCAGCCUAUGUUUGUACACAAAAAUGUUAAAUAAAAUCUCCUGUAUCUA